AGGCUGACGCGGAAGCGAGGCGGAAAACGCGUGCACCCGUCUCGAUCUCGUUGACCGAAUAAAGGAGGAGAGCACCGAGAAAGGAAACCGCCUGCUCUCCGGAGUCGCAACGGCUGCCGUUUGCGAUUGCUUUGAUUGCCCCGCAUACAUUGAGCUUGAUUUUAUCACAAGUUGAGAAAGAUUAUUAAUUACUUUGUUGAAGAGUUAAUUUCGCUACGAUUCACUUUUGCAAUGACUCCUUUAACUGAUUGUCUCGUUGAUGCCUUUAAUUGUAAACUGAUUAUCAAAUUAUGUUUUUAUUUUCUGACCAAAUAUAUUCUAAAAGGAAUUAUAUUAAUUAUAUUAAUUUCACUUUUAAGUAGAAAUUUUUAAUUAUUCUCCAAAAUAUUAUUUUAGAGGAGUGCGUUUAUUUCAUAACGCGCCUAAUAAAUUUUAUAAUAGCAUACUUUAUAAUAACAUCAUUGAUGCAUGUAAUGCACGAUUCUUCGCACGAUUCCAAAGGCGUGCGCGCGACAUUGAAUUCAACUCUCACGUAUCGAGAGCGAUCGCGGCUAUCUAACGAUCUGGAAGACCAAUCCGUCGUAAAACCUCACGGUAUGACUUAGCAUCGCUAAUGUGUGCCCUCACGUUUUCCAUCCUCGCCCGCACUCGACUUCGCAGGAGAGAAAAGCGGCCUCGCUAUUUGGCUGCCACCCAGAUUCGGCCAACAGCGAAAGUGUAUCGCUGUUAUAGGAUCGCACGUGGCGAUCGUUCCUCUUCUUUGGCUGGUGAUGCGUCGCAUCGGCUGGAUCGGCCCUAUAAAUAUAUAUGGGGGGGUCACGAUUCUGAAGCGAACUCAGUUUUUUGUCGGCAGCGCGGCCAGCAGGUGGAACUCGAGCGAUCAGCCAUGAAGCUCAUCCUGGUACCGGCGCGAAUCUUGGCGUUUCUCUUAUCAUCGUCUUACCAUUGUCUUAUCGCGUCGUCUGACGGAAUUUCUUCAUCAGAUAAAAUCGUGACGGGAGAUGGGAAUUUUUAUGGGGAACGUUGAUUCAGUGACUUGUGUAUUAACUGUGAAUUGCGAUGGAAUGAGUGUACUCUCAUUGUCAGACAGCUUUUGAGCUUUUGUUCUAUGUUCUCAGGUAAUGUCACUGGUGUUGGCUACCAGUGUAGCUGUCACUGUCGAGAAGAAUUGGAAUGCACGAAUUGGUUCGUCCACCCAAGGGAAGAAACAUGGCAAAAGAGGUCUGGACGACUUGGGAUACGGUUUUGGGAUACAGCAAGAGCACCCGGAACACGUGUACGGCCCGCCAGUUCAUUCGCCCCCGGUUUACGAAGUUCCCGCGCCAGAUCUUGCGCAUCCGGUACCGGGACAUGUACCGGAACCGCAACCACCCAUUGCCAUUGGGCACCCAGUCGCUGUACCCGUGCCGGUUCCGCAGCCGGUGCCACACCCGGUACCGCAUCCGUUUGCGGUAGCCGUGGCGGUGCCGGUCACGAAGCACGUGCCGGUCGCCGUACCCGUACCGGUUCACGUCGACCGCGCCGUACCGGUAGCAGUACCGGUGCCCAAACCCUACCCUGUUCCCGUGGAAAAGAUCGUCCAUGUGGAUCGGCCGGUACCGGUACCGGUGGAGAAGCCGAUACACAUUCCGGUUGAUCGGCCGGUGCACGUGCCAGUUCCGGUGCCCAAGCCGUACCCGGUUACCCUCGAGAAGAUCGUGCACGUGGACCGGCCGUACUUGGUGCACGUGGCCGUGCCGGUGCACAUACCCAAACCGUACCCGGUACCGGUCGCCAUACACGCGCACUACAAAUCACAUGGAUGGUGACGUCGAAUGCGUUUUCGGCGUUGAAUCGGCGACGAUUGUCUUCCGAUUUCGUCUACCUAUACUUCACUUAAUUGUCCGCGAUUCUUUUGUAUGAUGUAAGCGCGGUUUUAUACGUUUUGUACAGACUCCUGUAUUAUUAAUUAGAUUUAAUCUUGCCUGAAUCUUCCGAAACGUGCAUUGGCAAUUGAGUCCAUUGAUUGCGUUUGCGAACUUUUGUACAUGUUUGCUGUGCUAAUAAAAAGAAUGUGAUUUUAAGAGAAA